AUGAAGCUCAUCAUACUCACAACUCUACUAGGCCUUUGUACGGCCACACCAGGAACUCCACCAAAGAGUCCAACCAGUCCCAAGAAAUCUCCAACCGAGAAAAAAGGGGUUACCAUCGUGAACAAGAUCGUUUCUCCCAAAGCGACUGAUAAAGAGAUUAAAGGCCCUGAGCUGAUAACUAGUUCUGACGAUCCCAGGUUACCAGUUACAAGCAUUACAAGUGUUGACGGGCCAGGGAAAUCUCCGGUAAAAAAGGGUUCUACUCCGCCGGGAAGCCCGAAACCAAAACCUCGUACGAAAUCCCAAGAUCAGGAGCCAAAGGAUCAUGACCUUGAGCAAAAGGAUAAAGUCUUACAAGAAAAAGAACCAGAAAAGACACCUCCAAAAACUGUUCCACCAGAAAGUCUGCCAUCUAAAGAGGCUCAAACUCUAAAAGAAAAGGAACAGGAGUUUAAAGAGAAAAGGGAAAGAGAUAGGGCUAAAUUAGAGCAAAAGAUUAGUCUAGAAAAGGCAAAGCCCAUAGAGGAUAGGCAAGAAAAGUACGAAGCCAGUAAAGACGGCAAAUUUGACGAGUGGCUUGCCAAGUCCAAGGCUGUUGAAAUGGGUGCCAGAAAGUUGUAUGAAGAAGCCAAGGCAAAGGUGGACGCAAUAUCUGUACCAGAGUCCAAACAAAAGUAUGAGAAGAUACUCAAGAAGAUUCUUAAAAAGGUUGAGGAAAUCACAAAGGAUAUUGAGGAACUUGAAAAGACUAAAAAGAAGGAUGCAUCAGAAGCCAUUGAAAAGGCACUUGGACACUUUUUAGGCCACUUUCAAACCCGUGCCAUGGUAAAGUCCGACGUUAGUGAACUCAUCCUCGACAUUGCCAGGGACCAAGAGGAUGGAGACGAAGUCCUCAAGACCCUGGAACAGUUUCUAGUAGCCCUCGAAAGGUCUCCACUGGCUUAG